GUAGAUCCUUCAAUCAACUCCUCCAGCUGCAGUUGUUCAUCGUCUCUAAAUUCCUUUGAUCUUAUUUGAAAAUCGUGAAUUGCAACUCCAAUUCUCAAGCGUUGAUUCAAAUGGCGGAGAAUAAGGCGGACAAUCUUGAUCCUCAUGCCUACAAGCUUAUUGUAACACCGCCUUCUUCACUCUCUCCUUCGCAGCUCUCAGUCGUUUUCGAUGAUUUGUAUGAUAGGAUCCCACACCCAAACGCCGAUAUAGAGAACUCUAUCUCUAAGAUAUGGGAUCAGAGGGUUCAAGGAAAUUCAUUAUUGUACAAUGGAAAAAAGUUCAGAUAUGGAGGCUGCAUCUUGAAUCAGGGACUCGAUGAAUACCAUGUAACUCUUCACCUUGGUUUGACUGAUUAUAGGACUUUUGUUGGAACAAACUUGAAUCCUUUGUGGGAGAGUUUUCUUGUGUCAUCAGAAGAUGACUGUAGACAAUCUCAACAUACUUCAAGUCCACUGGGUAAUGGUGCUAUUGUAGAGACAUCUGACAAAAAGAUACUUGUACUUCAACGAAGUUGCAAUGUUGGAGAGUUUCCAGGAUAUUUUGUGUUUCCAGGAGGUCACCCAGAGCCUGAAGAAAUUGGAAUCACAUCCCAUCAAAGUAAAAAUGAUUCAAACGCUUUGGAAAUUACAAAUAGAAGGGUAGGUCAGGAGAUCUUUGACAGCAUCAUUAGGGAAGUAGUUGAAGAAAUCGGUGUACCUGAGAAAUCUCUUAGCAAUCCUGUUUUUAUUGGUAUAUCAAAUAGGAUUUUGAAUGUUAGGCAUGCUGCCUUUUUCUUCAUAAAGUGCAAUCUCGAGGCUGAAGAAAUACAACAGUUGUAUUCUAGUGCACAAGACGGAUAUGAAUCGACGCAUCUUUACGCGGUUUCCAUGAUUGAGUUAGAGGAAAUGUCAAGAAAAAUGCCAGGCUGCCACAGAGGAGGUUAUGCACUCUACAAGUUAAUGGUAGAAAGGUGCGGUGGAUAAUCUCUAUUAAUAAUAAUAUAUUAUUUUGCCCCGUGAGAUCGAAAAUCUAAGGUUUUUGAUUCUCAAUAAGAAGGUUCUAAGUUGAAGUGGCGUUAAAUUUUAGUUUAAACAUAAAGUUAAUAAUCUUUGACAUCUUAAAUGUAACAUCCUAGAAAUUUAACACUUGCAAAUUGCUGAAUUACCAAUUCCUUUGUCCUACUU